AUGGAGAAGGAUACAGAAACUAGGGUUUUGGUAUCAAACGAAGAUCAUGAAGAACAGCCAUUGUUACCGCGUUCCAUGGUGAUCUCUCUCUAUCUCGGCUAUUUUCUUGCUCGAUGGGGCGCAAGAACGUGGGAAUUCUCAGUAGCUCUGUAUAUGAUAUACCUGUGGCCAAACUCUCUGUUUCUCACCGCCUUGUACGGCGCUGUAGAAUCCGGCUCCACCGCCGUUUUCGGUCCCAUCGUUGGCCAAAUGAUCGAUGGGAUGAGCUACGUUAAGGUUCUUAAGCUCUGGCUUGUUACUCAAAACCUCUCCUUCCUUGUCGCUGGUGGUUCCGUCGUUGCUCUCCUGCUCGUUCCUGAUCUCAAGUCUCACAAUUUCCCUCUCUUCGUAACGUUGAUCGUGUUGACGAAUCUCUCUGGCGCCAUUGGAGUUCUCUCGACUCUCGCAGGAACCAUUCUUGUCGAACGAGACUGGGUUGUGGUUAUGUCGGAAGGACAUCCACCGGAUGUUUUAACAAACAUGAAUGCUGUGAUCAGAAGCAUAGACUUGAGCUCGAAGCUUCUGUCUCCGGUAAUCACUGGUAUGAUCAUUAGUUUCGUCUCUCUGGAAGCAUCAGCGAUCACAUUCGCAGCUUGGGCUACUGUGACGGUGUGGAUCGAAUAUUGGCUGUUUAACGCUGUUUACGAAGGUGUUCCUGCGAUAGUACAAAGCGAUGAAAGAAGGCGUUUGAGGUUGACUCAAUCGCAAAGAGAAAAGACAGAUAUUGCAACUCCUCUGUUACAGAGAACCGAGGAGGAUAGUACACAGAGUAAAAGAAGCGGAAACAUGAGGAUUCUUGAGAGAAUCUCAGAGUCUUCUUUCGUCGGCGCGUGGAGGAACUAUCUAGGUCAAGAAAUUGUGCUCCCUGGAGUUGCUUUAGCGUUAUUGUUCUUCACUGUCCUCAGUUAUGGAACAUUGAUGACGGCGACAUUGGAGUGGCAAGGGAUACCAACUUAUAUCAUUGGUUUAGGGAGAGGAGUAAGCGCCGGUAUUGGACUAGCUGCAACGGUCGUGUACCCUAUAGUGCAGUCCCGUCUCUCACCGCUCAGAACCGGACUCUGGUCCUUCUGGUCUCAGUGGACUUGUCUUUUGGUGUGUGUUGUAUCGAUUUGGGUUGCAAAGGGGGACACCGCAUCAUACAUGCUCAUGGCUGGAGUUGCUACUUCUAGGCUUGGCUUGUGGAUGUUCGAUCUCUCCAUUAUCCAACAAAUGCAGGAUCUUGUACCGGAACCGGACCGAUGUGUGGUUGGAGGUGUACAAAACUCGUUGCAAUCGGCUCUUGACUUGCUGGCUAAUGUUUUGGGUAUUAUUGUUUCUGAUCCCAAGGAUUUUUGGAUAUUGACGUUAUUCUCAUUUGGUACAACUUCGUUAGCCGGGAUUCUCUACACUGUUCAUCUCUACCGUAUCCGAAAACACAUAUUUCACUGGGACAAGAUUCCAGUUUUUAACAAACUUUUGGUUUCAUGA